GAGAUCUUUGCUCUUCGCAGGAUCUCUGUUGCAGACAACCUCCCUCAAUGCAUCCUUCGAUUCCCAAUGUUGAUGUCUUCGAUCUCCUUCCUCUGAUCCAGAUCCUAAAUCUUCUUCUUCUCCGUAAAUUUCCUCUUCAAUUGGGUAUAGUUUUCAUCCUAUGGGUUCAUUCUCGAGCCCUAGAAAUCGCACUUCAAUUUGCUCUCUCCCCGUUUCCGCCUUCAUUUUCUGGUCUCUCGCCGUCGUCUCUGCUCAGGUAUUCAGCUUAUUUCAUUGGUUUAUUUCCUUUUUGCCAGUAGUUCCAUAUGGGAAUGGAAAAGGACAGCAUUCGAGCCAUCUGUGAAGCUUUUUUUCUUUUUUUGGGGGAUAUUUUCUGUAUGAUGGAGGAUGUUUGUGUCUGAACAAUAAUUCUACUCAUGGGUUCGCAUUUUUAACAAUUUCUGUCAUGUUCUUCGUUAAUUUCUAGUUCAGAUUGAGAGUGAUGUUUGUUUGCUAUUGUUAGGAUUCUCUGCUAGAAAAUGGGAAGGAGGAAUCAAGUCAGUCGAUUGAUCUCGGCCGCCGUGGUGGAAUGCUUCUUGCAAACGAUCUUCAGAAUGAUGUUGAUUCUGCAGGUCUCGAUCUUGGGUUUGCGGCUGCUGGUCUUGGCAUUUUUGAUGCAUUCUUUGCAAGUUUGUCAAUGAUAAUUGUCACAGAGGUUAGUUUGAUUAAGUUAUUACAUUACUCCUUUAUAUCUUGGAAGUUCUUACAUCUCUCAUUGAUUAUGAAGAAUGUCAGUUUCUUUUCCCCCAAAAUUAACAAAAGGAUGUAAUUGUUAAAAGGAAAUAUAUCAUCUGAGAUUUAGCAUAAUAGAGUGAUCCAUCUUCAAUUUUAUUCUCUAAAUUCUAAUAUUAACAAAGGUCUACACCAAAACUAUGAAUAUUCUUUUACUUAAAUUAAUAUGUGAUUUUAUGCUGGUAGAUUGGAGAUGAGACAUUUAUCAUAGUGGCUCUCAUGGCAAUUUUGCCAUGGCAAGAAUAAGUUAUUUUGCGUUCUAAUAUCACAUAGACUGCUCUCAUGGAUACUAUUUUUCAUCCUAUGCUAUACUUGUUUUUGGGAAGAAUAAGUUAUCAAGUACCAUGUGAAGAAAAUGAGUGGAGAGAGUAUAUUUGUUAUCAAAUAGAGGCUAAUCUUACAUUUAGGAUAUCAGCAUGAUUUUUAAAAUCUUAAGCUAAUAUUUGUGGCAGGAAACCUUCCACCAUGCACUUUGCUGUCAAAACUUUCUAGAAUAUCAUCUCAAUUCAUAGGUUUGCAUUAUUCCACAUAAAUCCAUGAGUUAUUUUGUCUUAAAACACCUUCAACAUGAAUUCAGAAAUGAUGACUGUCCUGUGGCUGUUUUUACUCCUUGGAUUGAACUUUUAUCUUAUGGUUUUUAUUUUACUUUAUACUUUUAUUUAUUUGUUUUUAUGAUUCUUCCUUUUGGUUGACAUAAUGCUGGCUCCUGGACUGAUUGGAGCACCAUGUUCGUUGUUAUCAUUGCCUUUUACUUUCUCUCUGAAAAAUGGUUCUUUUAGCAUUUAAACCUGAAAUAUGUGGAAACUCUGUUUCUUAGUUUGCUUUUUCUGAAUUUUAAAUUGUAGCUAGCUUUUUUUACAUCCCUUUUAAACUUUUGUUCUUGUAUUUAAGUUAUCAAAUAAGAUGUGGUAUCUGGUUGGCCUUAGAUGGGGAUUAAAAAAACUAAGAGAUUAUGUUUUGUCCUGAUAUGCCGUUCUCAAUGCCUUUUUUGGAUUUCGGCUACUUUACAUUGCUUGGAAAUCAGAUUCAAAGUCCUCUCAGAAGAAGGAAAUGGAAGAGGUAUGCUUUUAUGGUACUCAUUUUGACCACCAGAUAUGAUGGUAAAUGUAUAGGUAUAACAGGAGAAGAACCAGAAUAUGCUGACAAGACAUUAUGUAUCAGGUUUUCUAAUAAGUUUGUUACUUUUAUCUCAGACCUGAUUUCCACCCAGAAAAAUGAUAAAAUGUGCCUGGCGUACUCUAUUUAAGUGCUGAAUUUCCUUAGAAGGACUGUGAACUUUUAUUUAUUUAUUUAUUUAUUUUGAACUGCAAAGAAAUUUAUUAGAAGAAUUGUGAACGUUUAUAAUCUUGUUCUUUUCCUUGUUCAACCUUUUCCUUAACGUGUUUUUGUGUAUUUGUGGGAUUAUUACUUCAUC